AUGUCAAGAAAGAGUAAGGGUCGCCAAAAGUUGGAGAUGGUGAAAAUACCAAAAGAGAGUAAUCUUUUGGUUACUUUUUCCAAACGUAGAUAUGGGGUUUUUAAGAAAGCUAGUGAAUUAGCCACUCUUUGUGGUGCUGAAAUCACUCUUAUUGUCUUCUCACCUGGCAAGAAGGUCUUCUCUUUUGGUCAUCCUUCUGUUGAAACUGUUAUUGAUCGUUUUUUCACUAGAAACCCUCCGCCAACUUCAGGUGCUCUUCAACUUAUUGAAGCUCACCGCAAUGCCAGGAUUCGAGAACUCAAUAUACAGCUCACUCAGGUUGUGAGCCAAUUGGAAAUGGACAAGAAGCGAGGAGAAGAGUUAGAUCAAUUGAGGAAAGUUAACGAGGGACAGCGCUGGUGGGAGUCUCCAAUAGAGGAACUGGACUUGCCAAGGCUGGAGCAGCUCAGGGCAUCUUUAGAGGUGCUAAGGCAGAAUGUGACAAAGAGAGCUGAGCAGCUUCUGAUUCAGACCACAAAUCAUCCUCAAUUUUAUACUCCAAAACCUGCCAUUGGGGUUGUUCCUUUUGAUCCAAAGCCUGAGGGUUUCAACACAAACAUGAUGCCUGCUGCUUAUAACUAUAAUCUUGGAUUUCGAAGUGGAAAUGGAUUCUUUUAA